CAGAAGGCGAGAAGGCGAGGUGGGGCAGGCGAGACCGGGAGAUCCCAGCGGCAGAUCUAACCCAGGAGGUGAGACAGACCCCCGCGACCGAGAGAAGCCGCAGCGUCCUGCCAGCUUCAGCAGAGAGGCGACCGGACGGGACGGGACGGGAUGGCUUCCGCGGCGCUGGAGCUGCUGGGCUUGGCGCUCUCCAUCUUCGGCUGGGCGGGCGCGAUGCUGGCGGCGGGCUUGCCCAUGUGGCAGGUCUCGGCCUUCGUGGAGGCCAACAUCGUGACGGCGCAGACCACCUGGGAGGGCCUGUGGAUGGCCUGCGUGGCGCACAGCACCGGCCACAUGCAGUGCAAAGUCUACGACUCCAUCCUGUCGCUGCCGGCCGAGCUGCAGACCGGCCGCACGCUGAUGGUGCUGGCGGCCCUGCUGGGGCUGGUGGCCCUGCUGGUGACGGUGGUGGGCGCCCAGUGCACCAACUGCGUGCGCGCCGGCCGGGUCAAGACCUGGAUCGCCGCCGUCGGGGGCGGCCUCUUCGCCUUCUGCGGCCUGCUGGUGCUCAUCCCCCCCAGCUGGUUCGCCAACAUCAUCAUCAGCAACUUCUACAACCCGACGACGCACUCGAAGCGGGAGCUGGGCGCCGCGCUCUACGUCGCCUGGGCCGCCUCGGCCCUCCUGUUCCUCGGCGGCGCGCUCAUCUUCUGCCCCUGCGCCGGCAAGGAGGAGAGCUCCGCCUUCCCCGUCAAAUACGCGGCCCCCCGGCGGCCCACCUCCACGGCCAACGGGGAGUACGACAAGAAGAACUACGUCUGAAGCGCCCUCGGGGGAAAGACUGUACCGGGUGGGGGGCGAGCGGAGCGGAGCCCGCGAGCAAAAGGUCGGGAGGCACCUGCCGGACUUCGGACAGGGCGG